AUGCUAUUUAGCGGGCAGCCGCAAAUCAGCCAAGUCACUCAUUUUCAAAGCAGAUUCAAGCACAAGCCCGGCAGUUCUUUUUGUGCUGUCGCGACCACCUCUGUGGAACGGACGAUGAUGACAGCGGUGCUGCUUGGCUUGUGCUUGCUUUUGUGUUGUUGCACAUCCGUGUGCAUUGGCAGUGCAAGGUAUGAUGCAGAGUGUGAUGCCAUCAUAUCGCACGCCAAGCAAGCCGCGUACUACCACAACCAAGGCCAGCUCGAUGCAUCGGAACGGGAGCACGCACUGGCCUUUGAGGCCUUCGAAAGAGCAGUCACCAUCGACCCCCACGACCCGCAGGCCUUUGCCAACAUGGCCAUCUACUCUUACAACUCGCAGCGGUUUGAUCACUGCCUCGAGUAUUGGGAGCAGGUGCUGAAGCGACUCUCUGCUGAUGACGUGCAAAUGCACGCCGUGGUGGCCGCCAAAAUGAGGGACUGUCGGUUUGGACGGCUGAGCGUCAACCGCGACAAGGCCUACAAUGCUGGCCAGGGCAACAUCACGGAGGCGCUGGAGUGGGCGCAGAAGCAGCUGGCCAUGAUCCCUUCCCCAGAAACGCACAGCGGCAUUGCAACCAUGCUUCUGAUGAAGUCCGAGACAGACCCGUCCCUGCAAGCAACUGCCCACCAGCAUUUCGAGCAGGCAGCGCAUAUCGCCCACCGCGGGUUUGUUGCGGGCGCACGUGCGCGUGGAUGGCGUUGUACGCAAUCAGACCGCCUCUACACGGGCUGGCGCCGUAGGAACAUGCCUCCCGGCACCCGCGUCCAGAGGCUCGACUCAGAGCACAAGUUCAGCGGGAGUGUGCGCCUGCUGUCGCCAACACCAAGCGAGGACGAUGGUGUUGCAACACAGACAUACACACAGGGUACCGUCUGGCACAUCACGCUGCCAAAUGCGGCGCUGUUUGGCAACGACGGUCUAAUUGCGCCAUCGCCCACACACAACACCGACUGCUGGCUCCAGCUUGGAUCAGCAGGCGUGUAUGUGAAUGUGUUGGCGAAUGUGCAGGUGCAGCCGGUGUGGGACGAGUACAGCAGCGGGCAGUUCUUCGACUUCAGUCGCGGUCGCCUCCCGAAUCACGGCAUGCAGCAGCCCCAACAGGUACCGCUGCUUACGAGUGCGGCGACUGUCGUCUCGUAUGCGGUGCGCUCUUACUUCCACUUUCUCACGGAAGCGCUCGGCCGGCUCCUCGUCCUCAUCGACCUCACACCAGAGACGACGCCGCUUGUGCUGCCGCAAGACGACACGGGAAACAAGUUCAUCACGCAAUACCUCGACCUCCUCCCGUCCACCGUUGCCGCCCGCGUGUUCCCGUACGACACAAAGUCUGGUUUCAACGACAUCCGACUGCGCAUUGAGACGCUUCAUAUUGUUGACUGGCAGACAACCGACGACGGCAGCGACGUACAGACACAUGCGCUCGCCCCGCGCUGGCUGCUGCGACGCGUGCGUGACACAAUGACGGCGAACGACGCCGUGAAGGCCGUGCUGCCGUCCGUACACACACACGCAGACCGCCCACUCAUCAUCAUUGCAUCACGCAAGACGGAGCGCAUGCGGAUCUUGGACGAGGAGGAUGCGUUGAUUGGCGCCAUUGAGACGGCUGUUGGCAACCACGCGCGUGUCGUUGUGUUUCGCGGACAGGAAAUGCCCAUUGCCAACACCAUCGCUCUCUUCAGCCAAGCAGACGUUGUUGUUGGGGUGCACGGUGGUGCGUUGGCAAACGUCAUCUUCUGCCCGUCAGGCGCCGCGUUAUUUGAAAUCGGAUUCAACACAACGCACACGCAACACUACCGCCACCUCGCCCUUGCCCUGGACCUGUCGUAUUCGCUCUCUCCGCUGGUGCCGGAUGAGCGCGGUGUUGGGCGAAAACGGGUUGCCUUACCCGAUGGUGCUGCUGCUCGCAUUGUUGCCGGGGUCACUGCACACCUCAACCUUCCCUCGCACCACGACGAGCUGUAGCGCGCCCGCAAAUGUGCACCCGUUUGCUUGCAUGUGUUUGUGUAUGCACACGAACACACACGAACACACACACACAUGUACAUGCACACGCAUGCACAUGCACAUGCACAGCAACUGUUCAUAGUAACCCCCUUUCCUCCUCUGUGUGGUGUAGCAUGCGGUAUCAAGUAGAUGGCUGCUGUCACACAGUCACGGUAACGGUUUACGCGUGAACGCACACAUACGCGCGCACACGCAUGAGAACAAUGGACUUUGGGGAGCAGACAACCCAAUUAACAAUGCAAAGAAGCACA